AUGUCAGCAGCCAAAAGGAAAGAGGAUUUGCCUGAGUAUAAAGUAGUUAUGCUUGGUGACUCCAAUGUCGGAAAAACUAGUAUAAUUCAUCGUUUCAUUGAAAAAUCUUUCGAUCACGAUUAUGAGCCAACUGUUGGCGCUUCAUUUUUAACCAAAGUAAUGAAAGUAGAUACAGAUAAAUUAGUUUUAAACAUUUGGGACACAGCUGGCCAAGAACGAUAUAAAAGUCUUAUUUCAACUUAUGCAAGAAAUGCUCAUGCGGCAAUACUAGUGUAUGAUGUAAUGAAUCCAGAUACCUUUACAAAUGUUGAAAAAUGGCGAGAUGAAUUAUUAAAAUAUACAAAAAAUGAUAUUUUACUAUAUCUAGUAGCAAACAAAAUAGAUUUAGGCUUUGUUGUCCAAAAUUCAGAAGGAUUAAAAUGGGCCAAAGAUAAUAAAUGUAUAUUUCAUCAAACUUCUGCCUUUUCAGGACAAGGAGUUAAUGACCUCUUUAGCUUAGUUGCUGGACACUUACAUGCAGUAAAUCCACACAUGGAACAAAGUUCAAUACCAGAUCUCGUUCUGAAAGAGAAAAAUAAAGACGAAUCUAAGUCCCAUUGUUGCUAA